AUGUCCUCCAAGAAGAAGUCCUCGUCCGAGCGCGUGCAUUCGCGUCAGACAGACGAUCCCAAGGCGGCACUGACACCUCUGACGGCCCCUGCGCCGCCAACACCACUCGCGCGCAUCCCCUCUCUUGCGCGCUUCUUUCUAGUCGUUUUGAGCAGUCUCACGGUCAGCUCCGUUCUCUUCACUCUCACCUCGAGCUUGACAUUGAACGACCUCGGCCUGAGGAGUGGUGGGAAGUGGGGGGGUCUGGUGGCCUGGAGAGCUGUUGAAGUUGGCUUGGCCUGGGCUGUUGGGUUCGACAGUUGGGAUGCCGCAUCCUUCCUGUUCUUGACGCACAUGCCCACCUACACCCUACUAUCCUUUUUCUAUGGCGUUCGCCCUACUUCGAUCCUCACAUCGUAUGCGAUCACAAUCGCCUCGACAGUGAUUCCGUUUGCGCUUUUGCGCCAGCCGUCGUCGGUUCAUGAUUUGUCGCACGCUCCGUCGGGCGCCGUCGCCAACCGAACCAUUCUGCAAGACCAUUUGACGACGAUCUACACCACUCUCACCGCGACAUCUAUCUUCAGUGUCAUGCUGUAUGCAAGCUAUGCAACAUGGCUUCCUGUUCAGCUCGUGAUGCACUUUGAGAGCAUUCCGGACAUCAGCGCCGCGCAUGCUGGCCCUGCGGGUCUUCCCGUUCUCUUCUUGACGCUGAUUCCUGUCGGCUAUGCUGUGCGCGAUUUCCUAUUCGUUAGCUCCGCUGGAAACUCAAGGAGCUCAGCUGAAGAUAAUGCCAACCUUGAAGAACGUCAGGGAGAGGUCCUGUUCAUGUCUCUCUAUCGCAAGACCUGGGGUCAGUUGUCAGUCAAGACGAGAAUUCUGGCUUCUCGCACGCUCCUGUUGGCAUCUGUGAUACUGCUCAACACCGUUGUCCAGGUUGCAGGCACGGUUCAAAAUGUUUCCGUGGUUGGCGCAUUUGUGUGGGGCUCUGUUUGGGCCGCGGCGACAUUGGUAGUGGGCGGAGUCUUUGGCUGGGUUGAGGCAGUGGAUGGUGUAUAG